AUGAGUGGCGGUGGCCCGUCAAAAGACACAGAUAAGAAGAAGGGGGUAAGUUAUUUCGUUGGAGGUGGCCCCUCUUCCGGGCAGCAGGUUGAUGCCCCGGCCGACAGCAGUUCAGUGAAGGGGAUGAUUGACUCCCUUUUCCGCUCCGCUCCCGUGGCCGCCAGCGACGGGAGGUCCACCGCACCCCAAGCCUUUUAUGGUUAUGGCAGGCGCUUGGGUCACACACAGGCCAACAGCCCUUUCAUUUCUCCCACAGCGCUUCAGGAGCGCACCGUUAACGUUAGAGUGUACCGCGACGGGUACACAAUUGACGACGGGCCGCUACUCUCAAUGGACAGUCCGGAAUCAGUGGAAUUCUUCGAAUCAGUGCGGGAGGGGAUUGUCCCUGCACGGCUGACGGCCAUGUAUCCCAUCACAAAGAUAUCAUUGCGUCUCAUCGACUGCAUGCAUUUGGACUGUAAGAGCGAUGUCCGUUUCCCCGGUACCGGGAGGAGACUGGAUGAGGGAACGUCGGGAGGUGCUUCGAAAGCUGAAGUGAAUGCUGAGAUGGGAGCUGUCGCCUUACCUGUUGAUGCUCGCCCAUUUGAGUUUCACGAGGGGGAGGAACAGGCGAAAAUAGCGAUUGUCAAUCUUUUCGGUGAGCGCAAGGAAUUCAAGGUGAACCCCAAACGACACACUGUGGCCGAUGUGUAUGGUCUUGCCGCAGCGUAUGCAAAUGUUCACUUGGGAGCGUUCAAACUUGUGGUUCGCGAUGUACCUCCAAGGCAACUUAGCGAUGAAUCCAAAACCGUUGAUGAGGCCAGAUUGUCCAACUGUACCGUGAUUGUGAGAACCCUUUAA